AUGCAGAAUAAAAAUUUACUUGCAAUUUUGCUGCUGUCUGCUUUGUCAGUGGUGUAUGUUGUAGAAAGUUUGUGUCCGGAUUUGGAGGACACUGCACCUUGUAAGUGCAAAAGAAUUCAUGGUAAAACAACUCUCACGUGUAAAAAUGUUACAAAUGUUAGAGUGCUCGAGAAGGUGGCUAAGAAUUCAGAUGGAUAUAGAUAUGACGAGGUGUAUAUAGUAGAAUCAAAACUUCCUCACUUACCCUGGAUCGUAUUGGAGGAAAUACGAAUGACAAGUUUGAUUUUAAAAGAUUUGGCUCUAACCCAGUUUUAUGAUGAUGUUCCUUACACUCCCGACGAACUGAAGAAUAUAUACUUGCAAAAUAUUAGGUUGAAAAAGGACUUCUCGUGGAAGUUUCUCAAAUACACAAAGAGCCUUGAAUUUCUCUAUGUCGAGCAUGUGCACAUACCAGUUAUCACCACAGAAUUUAAUGAAUUCGUUUCUCCUGAACUGAAAGAAGUGUUCUUUCUCUACACUGAUACUAAAGAAAUCCAGAUUGAUGCUUUCAGAGAUUUCAGAUAUCUUGACAGUGUAGCUGUAAUUAAUAACAGAUUGCGGAAACUUCAGCGGAGUUCAUUUCCUAAACUUUUCAACGGAACAAAGCUCAACUUCCAGAGCAACUACUUGACAGAAAUAAAAGAAUCCUUUUUCACUGGGAUGCCGAAUUUGAAGGCUGUAUAUUUUAAUGGAAAUCAGAUUUCUCGCAUUUAUGAACCUAAUGAUCUUGCGAAAUUAUCUCACAUAGAGAUAAUUGAUUUCACAGGCAAUCCGAUAAAGUGUGACUGUUACUUGGAAUGGGUCACCAAUUGGAAGCCAAAGAGCCUCAGAGGGACUUGUGCAUCUCCAAAGCAAUUGAGAAAAAAACGUUUGCAAAAUCUCACAGAAGAGGAUUUUGAUUGUUAAUUUUAGAUUGCUUGGAAAAUAAUUUUUAUUCUCUAUUAGAUAUUUAUAUUUUUGCAUAAAUUUGACCUGAUUAA